AUGUAUGCUAUUAAAAUUUUUGUUAUUUCGUUGCUGUUGGCAUUCCACACGGCUACUUCUGGGGCGAGUGACUUCCUCAAUGAGGAUGAAUUUGUUGCAUUAUGUCUCAUGAUAAAGGUAACCAAAAAUGCAUUACGAAGGAUAAAAGAGGCCCGAGAAGUGACUAAAGAUGCAACAAGAAUUGGAGCAAGGUGUUUACAAGUAGCUGGACUUGGGAUAUUGAACAAGAUUUGUGAAAAUACCGAUGACGAGACUUGUGGACGUCGCAGAGCGUUUUGGGAUGCCGCAAAAGAUUUGGUUAACAGAAGGCACGGGGGUGUAAGUAUGAGGGGAGCGGAUUCUGAAGCAGAAGACGAGGAGGAAGAAGGAUCCGAAAGCGCAGAUCCGGAGGAGUCGGACUGGGAGGAGACGGAUGAAGAGGAAUCACAUUCGAAGGAAGAAGAUAGGAAAUCUCACUCACAUGAAGAAAAACAGAAAAUACACCCCAAGGAAGAGGACCAAAAGCCACAUUCGAAGGAGGAGGUUCAGGAAGAAGCACGCCGGGAAGAAACAAUCUCGACGAACACGAGAUUGGACCACCGAACACUGGAAAAAGUCCAACAGAUAGCAGGUACUGCUGCACAGGUAUACGUAGAUAUUACAAAAACCCCUUGGGUGCCACACUCAGGUGAUUUGGAGAGAAAAAUCUAUCAAGCUUUGUAUGGUGUGCCUCGUGAGCCGGAAGAGAUUAGAGAGGGCACAGCAAGCAGGGAUGGAGUGUGUAGACAGAAGGCGACGCGAUCGGCAGUAAAUAACCCACCGGCGACAUUGAGUAGAGAUUUGUUGUGCAUGUGCGCGACAGACGUCGAAUCAAGGGAAAAAACCAAACUUUGCUGUCAAAAUUGUGUAGCGGGUCCCAAUCUCGCAGUAUGGAAACCAAAUAGGGAUUCGUGGGAGAGAUGGAACUACCUCAGAGCACAAUGUGCUGUUGUGCGAGAUCUUCAAAUUGGUUUUAAGGAAAUGGUGAAAAAGUUCACCCAUAAGUUUGGGCAUCGACACGAUAAUUCUAUCGGAACUGAGCUUUACAUGGGAUUCACAACAAGAUACCACAUGUGGCCUCUCAGUCUCUUUCACAAACCGGUUCCGGGACCAGGCGUGGUUUACGUUCUAAUGGGUGAUAGGAGGGGAGAUGAAGACGUACCGUGGGUAAGGCUACUGGAACAGGUGACAAAAGAAAUGGGGGGAUUGCCCUUGGGUGUGGGUGAAGAAAAGCAGUACGCAGAAACUCUCGAAAAGUUGGACUCGGAACUGAAGCAACUAUUUCCAGUGGAAUGA